AUGUCACAGACGAUCAUCAUGCACGACGUGCCCACCGCCCUCCCCGACCUCCCUACCCCCGUUGGCGCCACGUUCUCCAACAUAGUCGUCUCCGCCUUCGCCGACUCACCCAAUCCGCCAGAGCCCGCGCCCACACCUGAGCCCGAAGCCGAGCCCACUCUCGAGCCAGAGCCCACACCAGAGCCCGCACCCGCCGAGCCUCCCCAAGAGCCCGCACCCAGCGACCCGAACCCCACCUCCGCCCGCUCCUCCGGCUCGCUCGAGAGCACGAGCACGGGCACGAGCCCGCCCUCGCUCGACACCACCCACAGCGCCGCGUCCUCCGGCACCUCCGCCUCCGCCCCGUCCAGCACCGCGCCCUCGCCCUGCCCGAGCAUCCUCAUCCGCGCGGACCCCGCCCUCGCCUUCCCCCGCUCCUCCCCCGCGUCCCCCAACAUCACCUUCGCCCCGCUCCCGGCGACCGAGCCCCGGAAGCGGAACACCUCCCACCAGCUCGGCGUCGCCGCCCGCUCCCGGCUGCUCCGCCACCGUCGCAUGCUCCGCGAGCAGGGCCUCGACCCGGCGGACUACCCGUACCCGCCGCCUUACCCUUACGGCCCGGGCAGCGGGGUCGCGGGUGGGGUCGGCUAUGAGGACCGUGUCGAGGUGCAGGGAGAGGACGCGAAGGAGGGCGGGGAGGCGAGCGAGGAGGGGAAGGUGGUCGUGCGGGUGGAGGAAGAGGACGGACUGGUGUCGCUCGGACGGGCACUCAAAGGUGCGGGACGGAGCAUUUGGCGCAGCCUGUCGAUGCGGGAGAUGCGGCCGAAGGAGGCAGUCGCCCCGGAGAAGGAGAAGGAGGGAGCGCAGCGGAGCGGGUCGCUGCAAGAGCGGCGGCCGUCGAAGAGGACCACGACCGCCCAUCUCUUCGCGGACGCCACGGAGGAAGUCCAUUCGGGCGAGGGUGUCUGGGAGGAGGAGAUCGACCCCAAUUCGUGGAAGAAGCUCCUCUCCGCGCCCGUCUCAGCAGAGCCAGAGUCCAUCGAGGAUGCGACGACACCAUCACCACCUCCACCACCGGUCGUGGUGUCCGUCGAGGCGGAUGACAAGGUCGUUUCGAACAAGUCUAAGACCGGGUCGCUACGGCGAACCAAGAAGGCGAUCACGAAGUCGUAA